AUGUCCAACCCCGGCGCGUCCUGCCCUGCUACCGUCGACGGGCAGGAGAAGUUUGAGACCAGAGUCACCACGCUGGAGAACGGGCUGCGCGUGGCCUCGCAGAAUAAGUUCGGGCAGUUUUGCACGGUGGGAAUUCUUAUCAACUCAGGAUCAAGGCAUGAGGCAAAGCAUCUCAGUGGGAUCGCACACUUUUUGGAAAAACUGGCGUUUUCGGUGAGUGUCUGUACAGUGAAUAUCGAGCCUCGGGGCGAAGGCGGGCUCCCUGUUGGCCUUUCCAGAGACACCACCAUGUACGCAGUGUCUGCGGCGUCCAGGGGCCUGGACACAGUGGUCGGCUUGCUGGCAGACGUGGUCCUGCACCCCAGGCUGACAGAUGAGGAAGUGGAGAGGACGCGGAUGGCCAUCCAGUUCGAGCUGGAGGACCUCAGCAUGCGGCCUGACCCCGAGCCGCUGCUCACCGAGAUGAUCCACGAGGUAGAGCGCCAGGGCCUGCUGCCCACGCCGGCCGGGCUGCCCGGGCCCGUCCCCGGCGGCUGCGCGAAGGCGCGGGAGGCUGACCGGGUGCACCUGGGCGACCGCCAGGUGGAGCUGGAGCGAGCCAAGACGCAGCUGAUGUCCAUGCUCAUGAUGAACCUGGAGUCCCGGCCCGUGAUCUUCGAGGACGUGGGGCGGCAGGUGCUGGCCACGCGCUCCAGAAAGCUGCCCCACGAGCUGUGCGCGCUCAUCCGCAGCGUGAGGCCCGAGGACAUCCGCAGGGUGGCCUCGGCCAUGCUCCGCGGGAAGCCGGCGGUGGCGGCCCUCGGCGACCUGACAGACCUGCCAAGCUAUGAGCACAUCCAGGCGGCCCUGGCCAGCAAGGACGGCCGGCUGCCCCGGGCCUACCGGCUGUUCCGCUAGCCGCCCGCCCCUGCACCCGGACAGUGGCCUGUGCUUGUGGCCUGUGGUCUCCGCCGCUUCGGGGUGAAGACCGGCCGCCGUGGCACAGCCUGCACCCUGCAGGGAGCCUGCGCGGGAGCCGCCCCAGAGGCCCCUGGCCAGUCCGCCCCCCGGGCAGGCACAGCCUGCCCUGAGGACCGUCCCCUCAUGGGGUCCCGGGGGGAGGGGGUCUGCCGCGCGUGGCCAGUUCCCUGGGACACAGCCGUGUCCCGAAAGCUGGCGGCUCGGCCCGCGCAGGGUGGGCCCCUCUGAAGCAGAGGCCACUGCUCGUUCCCAGCCGGAAGCGCCCGGAGCCCUGAGGUCUCACGUGGGGUCUGGGGCUACUGCAGCGAAGAGGGCAGCCUCAGGCCCAAGUGGCCGGCUGCAGCGAGCGGCCUGGUGUGGGCAACGGGCUAGUAAAGGUGUGAGCCACA